CAAUCCGCCGGUUUCUGCAGUAAGAUCGGAGCAGCUGGAGGAGGCCUCGCCGGCUGGGGAGGAGGACGAGGAGAGACGCAGAAGGAAGAUCCGGGAGCCAGCAAAAACGAAAAGGUCCAGGCCUGGGACUGGCAAAAAGGGUAAAAAGAACGGAUAGUGGAGGCUCCAACCAAAGUGUUUUGUGCUACUUUAUUAUUUUUUUAAAAAAAAUAUUUUUGGUUUCAAGCAGUUUUGUAAAAAUCUUGUUUUCAUGAUGCCGUCCAACGCUGCCACAGCCACCUCCACUACCACAUUCAAAAGUUCAGACUUCGAUCACGACGCAGCUGCAUAUAAAGUGAAUGAAGAGCAACCACUAGAGAGGAGUCAGCAGGAGAAGCCGACCCACAGCGUACCAGCGAAGAAAGCAGGUCGACCGGGCAGGAAACGCAAACAACCACCGGUUGACAUCUGUGAUACCUCAAAGGAAUGUGUGGUGGGGCCCAAGUGCCAUUCAAGCACAGGGAGCCAGUCCUCGGAGCAGGCUCACAACGGAGAUAUGGACAGUAGUCCUGGAGACACAUGUGCUGCCUCCUCCCAGCAGAACAAGGACAAGGGUGUCCCGGAAAACGGUGUCCCCAAAGAGCCUUCCCGUAAGGCCGCUGAGCUGGAUGAGAUGGCUCAGGUGGGUGACGGGAAGGGGGAGCAAGGCGUCUCUCUGAAGAAUGGCUGCUUCACCCACUGGAAGGACCAGGGCUCAGAGAAAGGAGAGGAGGAACAGGUGCCGCCCACUCCCCUAAAGAAACGUGGGAGGCAGAAACUGGAGCAUCCAGAGAAAUACACAGAGGAAGAAGAGGAGGCCAGUUAUGAUCCAGUCAAAACAGAGCAGGGAACUCGAGCCAGGCUUCGUGGGGGACUGGGCUGGAAAACCAGCCUACGUCAGAGGCCCAUGCAGAGAAUAACCUUCCAGGCCGGGGACCCUUUUUACAUUAACAAGAGGAAGAGUGAUGAGUGGCUGGCCAAAUGGAAGAUGGAGGCAGAGAAAAGGGCCACACUUGUUGCUGUGAUGAACUCACUGGAGGAAACUGUCGGGAACGAGAGACAGAAGGAGGAGGAGGAGGAGGAGGAGGAGGAGGAGGAGGAGGAGGAGGUGUCCAGCGAGGUCCCCCCCCAGCAGCCCACAGACCCGGCCUCACCCACUGUAGUCACCACCCCCGAGCCUGUCGGAGCAGAGGCCUUAGAGAAUACCGCCUCUAAGUCGAUGGAUGACGAAGCCGAAUACGAGGACGACCGUGGCUUCGGAAUCGGGGAGCUGAUUUGGGGGAAGCUGCGUGGAUUCUCCUGGUGGCCCGGACGCAUCGUCUCCUGGUGGAUGACCGGGAGGAGCAGAGCUGCCGAAGGAACCAGAUGGGUCAUGUGGUUUGGUGACGGCAAAUUUUCAGUGGUCUGUGUGGAGAAGCUGAUGCCUUUGAGUUCAUUUUCGAAUGCCUUUCACCAGCCAACCUAUAGUAAACAGCCCAUGUACAAGAAAGCAAUUUACGAGGUCCUCCAGGUGGCAAGCAGCAGAGCAGGUAAAAUCUUCCCAGCAUGCCCUGACAAUGACGAGACUGACACGUCCAAAACAGUGGACUUUCAGAACAAGCAGAUGAUCGAGUGGGCUAUGGGGGGAUUCCAGCCCUCGGGUCCAAAGGGUCUGGAGCCACCAGAAGACGAGCGCAAUCCCUACAAAGAAGUUUACACUGAUAUGUGGGUGGAGCCUGAAGCAGCGGCCUAUACACCCCCUCCACCAGCUAAAAAACCAAGAAAAAGCACAGAGAAACCCAAGAUCAAGGAGAUCAUAGAUGAGGGAACCCGAGAGAGACUUGUUUAUGAAGUAAGGCAGAAAUGCAGGAACAUCGAAGAUAUCUGCAUUUCCUGUGGAAGUCUGAAUGUUUCCAUUGGACAUCCCCUCUUCAUGGGAGGCAUGUGCCAAAACUGUAAGAAUUGUUUCCUGGAAUGUGCCUAUCAGUAUGACGAUGAUGGUUACCAGUCAUACUGCACCAUCUGCUGUGGGGGUCGAGAGGUGCUCAUGUGUGGAAACAAUAAUUGCUGUCGGUGCUUCUGCGUGGAGUGCGUGGAUCUUCUUGUCGGACCAGGCGCGGCGCAGGCUGCUAUCAAAGAGGACCCCUGGAACUGCUACAUGUGUGGCCACAAGGGCAUCUACGGGCUGCUGAAGCGGAGGGAAGACUGGCCCAACCGGCUCCAGCACUUCUUCGCCAAUAACCAUGACCAAGAUUUUGAAGCACCAAAGCUUUACCCUCCCGUUCCAGCUGAGAAGAGGAAACCUAUUCGCGUCUUGUCGUUGUUUGAUGGCAUUGCGACAGGUCUGCUGGUGCUAAAGGACCUUGGGAUUCAGGUGGAGCGGUACAUUGCCUCUGAGGUGUGUGAGGACUCAAUCACUGUGGGGAUCGUCCGACACCAGGGCAGGAUUAUGUAUGUCGGGGAUGUGAGAAAUGUCACACGCAGACAUCUACAUGAAUGGGGCCCCUUUGACUUGGUUAUUGGAGGAAGCCCAUGCAACGACCUUUCCAUCGUCAACCCUGCAAGGAAGGGUCUCUUUGAGGGGACAGGCCGUCUGUUCUUCGAGUUCUACCGCCUUCUCCACGAAGCGAGACCCAAGGAGGGCGACAACAGGCCUUUCUUCUGGCUCUUCGAGAAUGUGGUGGCGAUGGGCGUCAGCGACAAGAGAGACAUCUCCCGCUUCCUCGAGUGUAACCCGGUGAUGAUUGAUGCCAAGGAGGUGUCAGCUGCCCACCGAGCCCGCUACUUCUGGGGUAACCUUCCUGGUAUGAACAGGUUGGUGAGAGAACGACCACUGGUGGCGAUGAUCAACGACAAGCUGGACCUGCAGGACUGUCUGGAACAUGGGAGAACAGCCAAGUUCGGCAAAGUGAGAACCAUCACCACUAGGUCUAAUUCUAUCAAGCAGGGCAAAGACCAGCACUUCCCAGUCUUCAUGAAUGAGAAGGAGGACAUUCUGUGGUGCACUGAGAUGGAGAGGGUGUUUGGAUUCCCUGUCCAUUACACAGAUGUCUCCAACAUGAGCCGCCUUGCCAGACAGAGACUUCUGGGAAGGUCCUGGAGUGUCCCAGUCAUCCGUCACCUGUUUGCACCACUGAAAGAGUACUUCGCAUGUGUUUAGAACCCAACACGCUUGCGGAAACACAAACAAACAAAAAAAAAAGAACUUAAAAAUACACAAGAACUGAUAUUUAACAAGAAAUGAAAUUUUACUCUGAUGAUUUACAAGAAAAAAAAAUACAUUUAAGUAGAUGUUUUACAUAAUUUCUUGUAUUUUCAAUGUCAUUCUUUUAUUCUAUUUAAUUGUUUUGAUGUUUUUUAAAUGUCAAUUUAAUUUUUAGCUAUAUUAUCCAGUGAAUUUUUUUGUAUUGAUUUUAUGUGUGCAAGCUGUACUUGUGACAAGGCUUUCUCUGUUCUUUUACAGCCCUGAGAGACAGUAUGUUAGAAAAUAGGAUUGAGUACUGAAAAGGAAAAUUAAUGGUUUCCGUAAAAUGCAUACAUAUAAAUAUAUACAGUUUAAUAUGUGUAUAUUUAAAUAUGUAUGUUAAUUCUGUAAUCAUGUUUAGCCUGGUUUUGAUGAACAGGAGCACAAGCCAGAGGGCUGUAACAGUAAGCCCAAGCGUUCAUACACUUCCAGUUGCUGAGCCUUACUUUACCAGAACCAUUACUGGUAACCAAUUGCAAGCAUACAUAUUUACAGUAUUUUUUUAGGGAUGUAUCUUUAGGAAACCGUGAAAACAAAAACCAGCUCACAAACCACUUACCUCUCGUUUACAGUUCUUAAUCAAAACCUAAAGGUACUACUUUACAAUAGUGACUUUAUAAUGGUGCUUUUAAAUAACAGAUGAUUAGAAACAUCAGCUUCCACGUGGCCUUACAAACUAAACUAACAGGGUUGUGACUGCUGUGUAAAAAAAUAAUGCAAUAAUUUGCAAACAAAGUUGUAUAGAAGAAGAAAAAAAAAUUGCAAAGUGAUCUGCCAUAACUCACUUUUUUUUCUAACAACAUUUUUAUACCGAACAUACUGGUGCUUUUCACUAUUUUGGCCUUGUAAACUCAGGCCCCAUGCCUGUGGCAGCACGAACAAUACAAACCCAGCCAACUGUGUAGCCAUGUUUUUAGUCAUCUUGAAUUUCAGAUUACAGGCUGCAGUGAACUACUGUUUUGUUUUACUGAGACUGGUAUCAUUUGUACUGUACAUCUCUUUGGGUGUGUGGGAGCUGAAGGAGGCAGACAUUCCCAGCGCCCCCUGCCCACUCAAACUAUAUUCAAUCAGGUGCAUACAACAACAACAUGGUGCAGCUUACAUUGCAGUUAUGCUUUUUUAUAAGAUUUGUUUUGCUUUUUUCCACAAUAUUUAGCUCGUUUAUACAAAUAUAUCGAACAUCAAGAGUAUGUUUUAAAAAAAAAAAAUCCCCUAUUGUUUCCAUGUCUUGUUGUUUUUUUUUUGUUUUGUUUUUUAAGAUCGGAUUUUGGACAAAUUCUAACUCUGUCACUCUGAGGAUAGGAAUAAUACAGACCAAAUUAAAUGUGCAGAAUGUGGGACAGCAACAGGAGAAAGGAACUACCAGGCUAAUAUAGUAUCUGAGGAUGUAGUUUGCCAGAGGCUUUAGCAUCUGGUACAAGACCUAAGUGAUAAGACACAUAAGCUUUCAUUUUAAUAAUCCAAACACGCUGGAAUUUAUAAACCAGCCUAUUAUUCUAAGAUUAAUAGAAAAAAAAUGGAAUCAGUACACUGGAUUUGUCAUAGUCAGCCUUGGAUUUAACAGUGGUAGCUCCUUUCCCUGUUUGCCCAACCCCAGACAUACAAAUGCCCAUGUUUCGCACAGUUUGUUUGUUAUGUCUGUCUACAUUAGCUAUACGAUGUACAAAUAUGAUUCUUUACUCAUAUAUAUCAUGAAAUUAGUAAAGCCUUAGAUUAAAAAAUAAAUAAAAAUUAAAAAAACAGACAUGAAUUUGUAUCGGAAUAAGCUAUGAAGCAGCGGGGUGGGGGAGAAUUUCCAACCCGCCUUUUAUAUUUAUGAAUUGUUUUUAUGUUUGGAUUUAAAAGUGGCUUGUGAUGGUUUGUCAAGUGAUCUUAACAAUAACUUGUUGACAGCUUUAAGAAGGAGAAACUGAGCUUUAUCACACAGCCCUAGAUGCAGUGUUUUUUAUUUUCUUCUUUUUUAAGUGUUAAGAGUGACUGUAGGUGUUUCAUAAGGUGCUAAACAUUUUAUCAAAAUGAAAAAAAUAUAUAUUGUUAGGAGAAAAUCAACGUGUCUUGACAAUGACUGUUUUUAAGUUCUUGUAGUUAAGAAAAAGAAAAAGCACUAUUAUUUUACUCUUAUACGAAUAUAUUAACAAAGGCAUUUUAACUUUGUACUUGAAAAAAAAAAAUACAGAUUCAUGUGUUUAGUCUAGGCAUUGCUGUAGUUGGUGCUUAUCUGUGGGAAAAUCAUGUAUUCAUAUUAAAGAUUUAAAGGAAAUUAGAAAACAUUUGGUAAUAACCUUUACUGUUACGUAUGUACUUGCUUGAUCCCUGGCGGCCGUGCUUUUUUUAACCCACAUUCCAUGCAGCAAAAAAAAGCAGUGUUUCUUAUAAUGUUUGUUUUAGAUUCCAUGUCAUUUUUAACGUUGCAUAUAUAUUUAUUGACAACAAUAAUGUACAUUUCACAGUUCUCAGACUUUACAGGUCAAUUUCUCUAUUUCCCUCUGUAAUGCUGUUGUACUUCUGUGUAACUAUUGCUCGUGACAUAGUUGUUAUGGAUUAUACUCUUCUAAAGGUCAGUGCGUACAGCCAAGGUAGCAGUCAGAAUCAGUCCGCCUUCAUCCCAUUUUUUUCAGUCCCCAAAAAGAAGAAAAGGCUCCUUUCUUAUGUACUUGUGCUGGAGAACACUUGAAUAAAUGUACUGUUUUUGUGCAAAAA